AGAGUUGUUCCAGCUGAUAAUUCCUGCCUUUUUGCAAGUGUUAGGUAAGAAAGGUACAGUGCUAUGUUUGUUUAACUGCACUUUCAGAAUUAAUUCAAGCUUAAAGCCCUAAAAUGUAAAGAUAACUGAUUUCCUACUUUGACUCUGAACUUCAAUCAUGAAUGACUGCAGUUUCCACAGAAUUGUUAAUUUUUCAAAAAAUGCAAAGAAAAUUGCGCAGAACUUUGAUACCAUGAAAUGGUUAAAAUAGCGGAGUACUGUAUUUCCAUAGCAACACCUUUAUGCUAUUUUCUUUUAGCUAUGUUAUGCUUGGUGUGACAUCAUUUGCCUCAGAGCUAAGACAGCUGAUAGCAAAGUGUGUUUCAAGUGAUCCUCAAUUGUACAAUUCUGUUUUUCUGGGUCAAGAAAACACUGAGUACUGUAAAUGGAUACUGGAUGAGGAUCACUGGGGAGGUAUUCUAACACAUCUCUGUAUACUAUUUUUAGCUGCAUGCAUGCUUAUGCAAUUAAACAUUAAAACAACACAAAAUAUUGCAUAAAUAAUUUAAAACUGUACAACCCUCCACUAGUUGUAAGUAGGCUAGAUGUCUCCGAAACGUUAUUUAUCAGUAUACAAGUAGCAGAUUUUUACUUAUAGUACUUCAUUGGUAUUUAAUUUCACAGCUAUUUAAUUGUGCGAUUUUGGCUAAGAGUAUUUCGUGGGGUUUUAUUUUCUUGAUUUCAACACACAAAUAUGAGAAAAGGGCAUUAAAUUUCGUGAUUUAAGCCUUCUUGACUUCAUUGAAAAAAAGUCUGAAAGUUUUCAAACUGGAAAAGAAAUAUGUGAAAGCAACUGCACUUAUUGAAGAUACAAAACAGAGCUUACCAGUACAACAAGUUAACAAGUUAUAUUGUUGGUAUUUAUCCUGUAUAUGACAGCUAUUUCAAGUUAAUUUUUUUUCUCUGAUUUGAAUUUCCUACAUGUAUAUAAGAAUGUAAUUGUGAGGGCUUAAAUUUUGUGAGCAUUUAUUUUUGCUAUUUUAUUUUUGCAAUCCCGAAAAUUGUGAAGUUAAAGAGCAGCAGAUUAAGUACCAUUAAGGUAUUUUAAGACUCAAAAAGUUCACUUUUUUGUCUUUUUUCUGCAUUAACCUUUUACAUUUCCGUAUUUUUUAAAUGAUACUCAGGUGCUAUUGAGUUGUCAAUCCUUAGCAAACAUUACCAAACAGAAAUUGCUGUAGCUGAUACAGAGUCAGGAAGAGUUGAUAGAUAUGGUAAG